AAAAUGUUGCUAACUAACCAACGACGUGCGUACCUUGAUCAUUGAGUUUUGGUACACAAGUCCAAUGGAACGCUGCGUUCGCCUUGCAUUAUUGGGUUGCAGAAGCAAUUGCAGUGCGUUCGGAAAUCGGAACAACUGGAUCAACUUUACUGAACCGUUAUUCAACUAAGGUAGCUAUGGCAUUGUUCUGUUUUACACAUUCAACAUGCACCAAGUAUUACAGUAGUCGCGUUAAUGUCAUCCAUUGUUGAGAAAAAAUUGAACUUUUCUGAUCACAUCAAUAAAACGUGUGAAUACAAAAACGCUCAUUGGAACCAAGUGUGUGUAGUGUGUUGUUUUGCUACAGAGGGUGGACUUGGCAGCAACCGUAAGAAGAUGCAGCAUCUCUUUAACCAGAGAGCGUUGUGGCAAUCAGCUGCCCUGCGCUCCAUGCUUCUGGGCCCAGUUACCUUGCAGCCGUCCACUAUCUUGGGUCCACGGAUGGCCUCCUACUUCCUCAGGAACUCUUGCCUCAUCCCCAGCCCACGCUGGGUGAGCACAUCAGGAGCAGUGUGGACCACAGCACCCCGUAAGUCCACCACAGAAGAAGGCCAUAGCCAGGCUGACCCAGGCCAGGAGGAUAUCCUGGGGGACCGGUCCAUUGGGCUGGUCCAGAGGUUCAGGAGAACUCUAAAGCAGUAUGGGAAGGUCAUGAUUCCCCUUCACCUCAUCACCUCUUCCAUGUGGUUUGGGACGUUUUAUUAUGCUGCCAUGCAGGGUAUAAAUGUGGUUCCGUUUCUGGAGUAUGUUGGAUUCCCGGAGAAGCUUGUUAAGCUGUUGGAGCAUUCCCAGAGUGGCUAUGCACUGACUGCGUAUGCCAUGUACAAGAUUGCCACCCCAGCCAGGUACACCUUGACAUUAGGGGGGACAUCCCUCUCGAUCAGGUACCUCCGUAAACAUGGCCACAUGACCACCCCACCGCCUGUUAAGGAGUAUCUGCAGGACAAGAUGGAGGAGACCAGGGGACGCCUUUCUGAGAAGAUGGAGGAGACCAAGGACAGGUUCUCUGAGAAGAUGGAAGAGACCAGAGAUCGUCUGUCGGGGAGGAUUGGGGAUAACAAGGACAAGUUGGCAGAGAAACUCCAAGAGACCAAAGACAAAGUGUCUUUCAGAAAGAAGCCGGAGUAGAUAACAUGUUAAUUCCUGGAUAUAAUUAAGUAGAUGUUCAUAUGGCCACUAUAGCCCUUCAAAAGGAUGGGUGGACACAUCACCCUAAACUGACUUCAUCAGACACCAUACUCAUAACAUCUAAGCAUUUCUCUUCUCACCUCCACGUCUGCUUGACUGCAAAUAGUAGGCUGCUGCACCUGCUCAAAUAGCAAAGGUUACAUUGGAUCUGGUAAGUAAGGAGAAAAAUAGUUAUAUGAAGUUAAAAGUAGGAAAAAGGGUGCUAUAUUUUCUGGGAAAUAUUUGGAUGAAGGAGUGAUUCCAGAAGAACAUGGUAUGUGUGGUAGAGGAGUGGGCUUUGAAUUGUUUCACUGCAGAAGUAGACUAUUAAACACUUAAUGUCCCCAGUCAGUCACAACCACAACAUUCACACUGGCUCAUGUUACAAGAAGGUUGUUGUUUUUACAAUGUUAUAUUGAGAGAUGUAUCUGAAAUAUGAAAAAGUACUUGUUGUCCAUUGGCUUUCCAAUUAAAACAACUGUUCAGUAAGAUGUG